AUGGCCUUAGGACCUCAGCCCAGGGCUGUGGAGAAGAGAGCAGGAGACCUAAAGGGAACGGAGGCAAGAAGCCAGAGCAAGGACACAGCUGAUGGUCAGAGCCGCAAGGCCUGCUACCAGCGGGCAGGAGCCCAAAAGGGACCAGAGCCAAAAGUCACAGUUAGCAAAGCUCAGAGCCAAAGCACAAGGCAGGACCCAAAGAAGCGAUCAACACUGAGCAAGAAUGUCCAGUGUCAGCAUUCAGCAAGUGCCCUCGUGACCUCCCCUGGUGCGAUGGCGCUUCCUUACCCCAGUGUGGGCAGCUCCUUUGGAAAGCAGCCACUACAGCUGGGCUUGGGGGUAUGA